CUGAGGUGAAAACUGAGACCAAGGUCUUGCUCUACUAGUACUUACGAGAUCCAGACCUGGCAACAUGGAGAGAAUAGUCAUCUGCCUGAUGGUCCUCUUCUCAGGGACAGUGGCCCAUAAAUCAAGCUUCCAAGGGCAAGAUCGCCUCUUGAUUAGACUGCGUCAACUUAUAGAUAUUGUUGAUCAGCUGAAAAACUAUGUGAAUGACUUGGACCCUGAAUUUCUGCCAGCUCCAGAAGAUGUAAAGAGACACUGUGAGCGGUCGGCGUUUUCAUGUUUUCAGAAGAUCCAACUAAAGUCAGCAAAUACCGGAGACAAUGAAAAGAUAAUUAAUGUAUUAACUAAACAGCUGAAGAGGAAACUACCUCCCACAAAUGCAGGGAAAAGACAGAAACAUAAACUGACAUGUCCUUCAUGUGAUUCUUAUGAGAAAAAACCACCCAAAGAAUUCCUAGAAAGACUAAAAUCACUCAUCCAAAAGAUGAUUCAUCAGCAUCUCUCCUAGAACACACGGAAUAUGAAGGUUCCUAAAGAUCUCACUUGAAGCUGGACACUAUAUUUCAUACUCUAACACAGUAGUGAAACUCAGUUCUUGGUAUUCCAAAUGGAGGAGUACAAUAUAUUAGUGAUGGGGGAAAAAAACUCAGAUAAGUGUUCAAGGUCAGGAUUAUUCCUCCAAAAUCACUAUGCAAUACUUCAGUUUGAUCCACAUGCUCUGUGUUUGGUCAACUUGAAAAAACUUUCUACUCAAUUCGAGUCUGAUUUCCUGUGUUAUAGAUUUCUGUGACCUCUAAGGUUUUUACUUUAUCUUACUGCCAACUAUGCCAUUUCUUGGAGAAGCUUAAAA